AUGGAGCGUUGCAGCGUCGACCGAGACGCCCUGCUGGGUCCCGGAGCGACAAUGCGCCGCCUGAUGGGUCUGUGGCCGCUGCGGGGCUCCGGCGCAGCGCGACUUUGCUCUGCCCUGCUGGGCGGUUUCUCGCUGCUCUUCAUCGCCUGCCCCGUGCUCUCUGCCGGCCUCAAGCUCUACAUGGACCCGCCACGAAAAAUUGAGGAGACGGCACUUUCAUGUUUCGUGGCUUUCAUUUGCAGCGUAAUGUGGAUCAAGGCGGCGGCGGUGCCUGCUUUGAUGGGCUGGGUGUCGUCGCCGCUGCUGUCGCACGGGGUCCACGGGGGCGAUAAUCCAUCGCCAGACAGCAAACGACAGCUGCCCGUCUCCCUCUGGCUGCCGAUGGAAGUCCAUAUAUCGCCCACCUACGAGAUACUGUAUGUGGCCCAGUCCAUCGGUCUAACCAUAGCGGCAGAAUCUACAGUCUGCAUCGACAUUUUCUUUUUUCAUAUGAUGCUGGUGAUAGGAGCAGAGCUCAAAGUUUUAAACGAGAACAUUUCUGCUGUGCAUAAACUUCGUAAGGAGACAGGAAAGUCAAAACAUCGAGACUGUAUUUAUGAAUAUCAGGUAACGAGUGAAACUACGAUGCUGUCUUGCGGUGACUCUUGUACAGCAGACCUCCUAGAUCAACGCUUGCAGCUGCAGCUGGUGGAUAACAUUCAGCACCAUCAGACACUCCUCAGGUCCAUCUCCCUCUUGCAGACAGCAAUGAGUGUGUCAGUCUUUGUCCUUCUGUUCAUCAACAUGGCCAACCUGUGUGCAAAUAUCUUUGUUACUGCUGUGAGCGAGAAGCUGAUGCAGUCUGCUUUUAGCUGUGGCUGGACAGAGUGCGACGUCCGCUUCAGACGUAGCGUGCUCAUCUUCAUGACAGCGACAGUGCGACCGAUCGAGAUCACAGUGGGCAAGAUGACCAAACUGUCUAAGCAGACGCUGCUUCAGGUGCUUAAUGGAACGUAUGCCCUGCUGAACUUGUUGUAUCACUUCCAUAGCAGUGUAUGA